GUAAGUUCAAACAAGCAUUAUAUACAUUGUCACCCACUCUUUGCUAGCUAGCUAGCUUGUUUAUUCUCAAUGGAGAACUUCCAUUUUCCAUUUUUCAUCCUUGUGCUUGUUCUUUGUUUCCACAGCUCUUGUGGGACGUUCUUCCAUGGUGGCGAAGAUCCUUCCGCCCCCGGCGAUUGGAAGAAUGGCCACGCCACCUUCUACGGCGGUGCUGAUGCUACCGGAACAAUGGGAGGAGCAUGUGGAUAUGGAAACUUGUAUAGCCAAGGUUAUGGUACAAACACAGCAGCCUUAAGUACAGCAUUGUUCAACAGCGGGUCGAGCUGCGGGGCAUGCUACGAAUUGAAGUGCAAUGAAGAAGAAUCAAGGGUGUGCCACCCCGGCAGCAUCACCGUCACCGCCACCAACUUCUGCCCACCUAACUUUGCCUUGGCUAACAAUCACGGCGGGUGGUGUAAUCCUCCUCUCCAACACUUCGACUUAGCCGAGCCCGCUUUCCUUCAAAUCGCUCAAUACCGAGCCGGAAUUGUCGCAGUUGCCUACAGAAGAAUUGCUUGUGAGAAGAAAGGAGGAAUGAGGUUCACCAUCAAUGGACAUGCAUACUUUAAUCUUUUGUUGAUAACAAACGUUGGGGGAGCAGGAGACAUUGACUCAGUGUUCAUCAAGGGGUCAAGGACAGGGUGGAUGCCCAUGUCAAGAAAUUGGGGGCAAAAUUGGGAAGCCCACUCUUAUCUCAACGGUCAAAGCCUCUCUUUUCGGGUCACCGCCAGCGACGGCCGCACCGUCACCAAUUUGGACGUCGCUCCGCCGGACUGGCAAUUUGGUCAAACUUUUGAAGGUGGUCAGUUUUAAGAAGAAUAAUGUAACAUGGACAUGGCUCAUGUCUUUAUCCAUCAAAUAUUAUAUUGUUUUUCAAAUGGAAAAGACAGAUGAAAAUACUCUAUUAUUUUUCCUUUUUUGUUUAAUUGGUAUUAUUGUUUACUAGUAUUAAGUGUGUGCAAAAAUUGAAUAAUAAAUAGCUUAAGUAGACCUAUGGGAGGAAUGGUUAAGCUAUUUCUACUUCUGUUUUCA